AUGUUGACAAUUCCUGUUAGUUUCACGUCGCCAGUUGUGAUUAGUGUUAGUAUUCUAACCGCAAUCGGUGUUUAUGUACUUUUUGGACCGGAACCAAAAGAUCGAAGAAAGAAAGGUCAUCCUGGUGGACUGAUCAAUUAUGGAAACAAUUGUUUUGCUAACGCUAUCGUUCAAUGUCUUGCAUCUUCAUCGAUAUUUAUUUAUUGGCUCGAUCAACACGUGCAAAAUAAUCGUGUUACUCAAAUCCUUCUUGAUCUUAUUCAGUCAAUUAAUGGACAAUCAUCCUCCUUUUCACAAGACUCCACUGUUGCUAAAUUGAUUGAUCAUAUGUGUCAGCCGAGAUGGUCAAGUCCAUUCGAACAGCAGGAUAGUCACGAAUUUCUUCUUUCUUUGAUAAAUACAUUAACUCACAAGAAAUCGACACGGCCGAAACAACUCGGCUUUGCUGCUUGUCUUGAUUCGGACGAACAGGAUGAUACACAGUCAAUGAUGAUCAAUGAAAGUCCGUUGGUAUCUCCACAUCCAUUUCAAGGUCUACAAGCAACACAACUACAGUGCAACGAAUGUAGACAUAAAAAUCCAAUCAGUAUGUCGCUUUUUGAAUCCCUGUCUCUAGUCAUACCUGAUCGGCAGACAGCGAGUCCAUUGACACUUGCUGUUCGGCAACAACAAAACUUUGCCUUACAAGAAUUGAUUGGUAAUUAUCUCAAGGCUGAGAUGAUUACUAAUUUAACAUGCAAACAAUGUAAAUCGAAAGGAAAUUUAUCACAUCGGAAAAUAACAACGUUCUCUCGACUGCCGGAAAUCCUUUGUUUGCAUAUCAUUCGCACGACAUGGACAAAUGAAGGUUGGCCGAUAAAAAAUACAAGUCAUGUUUCGUUUCCUGAUCUAUUGGACAUGAAUCCGUUCAUAUCGUUAUCACGUCUUCUACCAGCAAAUUUACCCCCAACUCAACCGAUCAAGAAACCAUCGAAUGCUUUCUAUCGACUCAAUUCCGUCCUUGUACAUUUAGGUGGUAUCAGUGAAGCUGGACAUUUCAUUGUCUAUAGAAGACGAGUGGAUAACAAGGGAUGGCUAUCCAUAUCUGAUGAUUCUGUCCGAGAAUGCAGUGAUCUUCAAGUAUUCGCUUCUAUGGCAUACAUUUUGUUUUAUGAACGAGUGAAGAAAUAA